AUGGCACCUCCGGAGUUCCCACCUGGGCAGCCACCCAACCCGCCGGAUGUGGCGGUUCGGCGUCUUCUGCGGAACCACCCGAAGAUCCCGCCCGGAUCCGCUUGCGCUGCAGAGUUCCGUGCACUGGGUUUAGGGCAGCUGCCCAUCCUUGAGUGGGAUGUCGAGCAGCCAUGGG